CCCCCGUGCUGAUACUGAGGACAGCCAUGCUCCGGAAGGUGACUCUGCUUCUGGUGCUCGUGGUGCUGGGGAUGCAAGUCUGGAGUAUCCGUUAUGAGUUUGAGGACGUCAGUAAGAACCUGAGCUACUUCCUCAUGUCAAUGGAGUUUGCCAUAUUUCGGUACAAUGAGGACAACAUAGAUGAGUAUGCCUAUAAGUUACUGCGGGUUCGGCGGAGCCAGGGCAAGAGGUUUAGUUGGAUAUAUUUAAUGGACUUGGAGAUGGGCCGCACAGUUUGUAAAAAACAUGAAGAAGACAUUGAGAACUGCCCCUUGCAAAAAGGUCCAGGAGAGAAAAAGGUCCGCUGCACUUUCCUCGUGGAUGUCCUUCCUUUCUAUACCAAGUUCACCCUCCUGAACAGUACCUGCGUGGACAAGUAGGUGGGAAAGGAGCCUCUGGCUUUUCACAGUGGAGUCUCCUCUUCUGCUAGAGAGCGGUGGUCACUUCUGUGUCCAUGCAGGCACCUGAGCAAUUAAAGGCAUCUCAGAGCAUGUUCUGGGUCCCUGAGCAGUUCUACUUUCUCCCUUCGAAUUUAAU